UCGAUACGAGACUCUAGAGUGACUACUAUGACUAGAAGAGUCAUGCGGAAAGGCAGACAUAGAAAGCGUAUGGACUGUAGAGAACAGUCAAGAGGAGUAACUCCGAGUAAGUGGCUGCUAUCCGUCACUAUCUGUCUGGCGAGGAACGGCCCCGCCGUUAUCUGCAUGUGAAACAAGCUGGCUGGAUGCGGGCUCAUAAGUUCAUAACUGCAAGACCCAGUCGCCGUCGAGGGGCAAUAAUUGUAUACUCCUGGUGAGCAGCCCUUGACUCCUUCAGACACCCCUGGGACUGUCCUCCAGCACACAAAACCACUCGCCAGGCCACCCCCCGCAACCACACAGCCUUUCACGCUCUUCACUCUCUUGAGCGCAUCACCCUCUAGUCUACUAGAAGAGGUCUGAUCAUGUUCUCCAAGCAGCAGGUCGUCAUUGCCGGCGCAACUGCAACCUCUCUCAUCCUCUUCAUCUCCCUACACAGCCCAUCCCAAGCAGCCGUCAAGAAUGCAGCAUACAGCGUCCAUGAAAAAGUGACAACAUCCUGGAAGCCAACACAGGAGCAGCCAUACUGCAAGUGGGUUUUUGACCGCUACGAAUCGUCUCCCUAUGAACAAGAAUGGCUCGACUUGACAAACGGUGGUGUCAAUGACCAAGUCUGCCAAGUCAGCGCACAACCAGCACAUGCGCGCAAGAUGUACAAAAUCAUUGAACGCGUUGUUGGACUCGUUAAUUUGGAUCACUCCAUUCAAUGGCCUCGCAUCGAUACCGCCGCUCCAGAACCUGCACACGUCGAUGAUUCGCUCUUUUCAAAGUUUUACUACAAACGUGUUUGCUAUAAUACCAAGAAGCACGAGUUUGAACCUGCCUUGGGUGUGGGUAUUCAGCUCAUUGAACCACUCUUUGGCUUGUUGAGGGAUCCCUUUGAUUGGUGGUGUGGCGAGGACAAUCUGAGCAAGCAAUCAGCGGGUCAACCCCCUGGCUACGUCCUCAAGGACGGCGGUCAAUCAAAGCUGCACAUCUUGCCACAAGGCUAUGCGCCAUACACGUAUUCCUUGGAUGGCAGCAGCGAGCACGGGUGGCGACAGCAUGGUAUUCCACCCUGGUACAAGACCCUCAAGCCACAAAAGGAUGGCAACCUCUUGACGUUCAGUCAACCACAAGUUGUGCAUCUUGAUCUCGGAUCAUCGUAUUUCGGUGGUUGGACAAACAUGGGAUCAGGCGAACGCAAUGCAGCAGCUUCGGGACAAUGGUUCUACGAUACUUACCAUGCGCGUGGUCAGCCUUUUGAUCGGUUCACCGCUGUUGAAUUGGAGCCACUGGACCCGGCAACUGCAUACAAGCAAGUGCCAGAAGACUUGAUUGGCAAGUACAACCUCAUCAACAUCGGUCUCUCUAUGGACAAGGACAAGUACAACACCAUGGAUCUCAUUCGUCGAACCGUCAACAAGGAGGACUUUUUCGUCUUUAAGCUCGACAUUGAUUCUGCACCCAUCGAAAUGCCAAUUGUCAACGAGUUGCUUCGAGAUGAUCCAGAGACGGGCGUGUCGUCGUUGAUCGAUGAGCUGAUGUUUGAACACCACGUCAAGUUUAAGCCCAUGGAUGGUCCCUGGGGACUCCAGCACUCAACAGAAGAGAAGGAAGGGAAUCUGGCUUCAUCGUACAAGCUUUUCCGUGAUUUGCGUGCAAAGGGCAUUCGCGCCCACUCUUGGCCAUAGACCUUGUUUCAUAGACCUUUUAGCCUUACGAUACAAUGUAAAGCUUCAGUUUGCAAAAAGCAAGGACA